CGGACGAUCGACCGCCGCACCGACGGCCACAUGCAGCAUCAGUUGGCUAAGGCGCGUCGCCGAAACCUCUGCGGCAUCUGGUGCAGUCCCUCUGACGCGAUGGUAUAGCACGUCGCUAGAGAGCAGGCAUCCUGUCGGCCUUCGUUCUAUUAUUACGUGCGCCCGACCUACUACAGCACCGCGCAAUGUCGUCCAAGAGUGCGCGCAGGCCUUUGAACGACACACGCACACGUCACGCAACAACCACUUCUUCCCUUCGACUCUACGGCAUCGACACCUCGAGGAGACUUUCCAUACAUCCACCUAUAGAUCGAAGAGCCAUGGUUCCCACUCCGCUCCCCAGGACAAGGAUCAGAAUGACAAGUCACACGACCAGCCCCAACCCGCGCAGCCGCAAGAUGCUCGUCCCGAGGAACAAACACACCAUCAUUAUCAUCUCAUGGACCGUCUCCCACACUUGCACCGCCCGACCAAGGAAGAGUUGUUAGCCGCGGCGACAAGUUUCUGGCAAAGGCUUGGUAUCCGCUUCAAGUGGUUCUCCAUCAAAAGCGCCCGUCCUUUCAACACGGAUGACAUUAGCGCGUUCAUCUCGUGGAUCUUGUUUGGCCAUAUCCUCUGGGUUAUCCUCGGUACAACCACAUUUGUAUCACUUGUCAUCUUAGCCAUGAACACCGUCUUUGCUCAAGAAUCCCUUGCUGGCUGGGUCGGCAACUACUUGACCCAAUCCUCUGGUGUCAAGGUCGUCUUCGAAUCUGCCAUUGUCCCAAAGUGGAACGACGGUGUCAUCUCCUUCAAGAACGUCUUCGUCUCGAGACGUCCGGGUCAAGGAAGCUCGAAUGUCACCAAAGGUUCCUCUGCAAGCGCGGCCGCCGCCGCUGCAGCCGCUGCAUCUACUGGCAAGCCCGUUGGCAAGGAACAGAAAGACGAAGAUACCAACUACACUCAGUAUGAGGUUUCGAUAGACACCGUCAACGUCACUUUGUCUUUCACCAAGUGGUUCAAUGGCAAGGGUCUGCUUCGUGAUGUCGAGAUCAAGGGUGUACGCGGUGUAGUCGACCGUACCUCUAUACUGCCUGGCGACCCGUCAAUCGACCCAAAAUCGUACCGACAUGAGCACACGACUGGUGACUUCGAGAUCGACUCCUUCAAAGUGUCAGAUGUCCUACUCACCGUCUACCAGCCAAACAAUUUCCGCCCCUUCUCAGUCUCAAUCUUCUCAUGCGAUCUUCCCCGCUUCCGCAAACAAUGGCUCUUCUACGACCUCAUGUCCGCGAACAUGAUCUCUGGUUCCUUUGACGACUCUCUCUUCACCAUUCAUCCUCGUCAAACGCAUAGCCAUACCGGGCUAAGUAUCAACGAGGAAGACGGCGAUCAUUCUGCCUGGAAGAAGCACAGCCGCCUCCGCAUCGAUGGUCUUAAUAUCGAUCAUCUCAAUAGGGGCGUUGAAGGUCCUUUCUCGUGGAUCCACGAAGGAAAUGUGGACAUUGUCGCCGACAUCAUGUUCCCAGCAGACCAAGACGGUUCGAUCGCCAAAGUCAUGUCUGACUUUUAUGAUCGCAUGGAAGCAACUGUUGCUCACAACUACCUUCACACGACACAUCAGCACGACACAAGCGAUCAUCAUGACGAACCUCAAAAAGAAGACGAGAACGAAGAAGACAAACGCUUCAUUGUCAUGGAUCUCCGCGUCCACCUUAACGACGUCCGGGCUGCCGUCCCCAUUUUUACCAGAGACUUGUCAUAUGUCAAUAAUGCGUUGAUCCGUCCUAUCGUUGCAUACAUCAACUCGAAACGAACGUUCAUUCCUAUCAACUGUCGCGUGGUCAAGCGAGUCAGUGAGUUCGAUGGAAGCUGGACAGUGUUCGACAGCGGGUUGUUGGACGACUUAUCGAAAGAGACGUACGAAGCCUUUGCCCGAGAUAUCGUCGACGAUGGAGCCCGCAUUCGACGAUUGAAGAAAGUUGGUCUAUGGACCAUCCAGUUGGCCGCACAAGCACUAUUCAUUGGACUCGCCGGACAACUUGUGUAAUAACUAUACCCCCACCUACACUCUAUGUAUCAACAGCAUUGGGAGGUUCAUGGCGUUUGAAGGAUUGAUUUUUCUGGGGUGGAGCAUUGUCUUCAAGUAUACAUCUUGCAUGGGCGUUCAACAAAGGAUUGCGACAAUGUUGUACUGUCUUUUCUCCAAAUUUACGUCUUACGAUUUUCAAUGUUUAUGCUUGAGUAUUUUGUUUCUCG